CGAUGAACACGUAGGGAGGGGGCGGCGGGAUGUCGGUGAAUUACGCGGCGGGGUUGUCGCCCUACCCGGACAAGGGGAAGUGCGGCCUCCCGGAGAUCUUUGAUCCCCCAGACGAGUUGGAGAGGAAGAUCCGCCAGCUGGCAGACUUGAUCCAGAAUUCUUUCAACGUGGUGUUUCACACUGGGGCUGGUAUCAGUACGGCUUCAGGGAUUCCGGAUUUCAGAGGCCCUAAUGGUGUAUGGACCAUGGAGGAGCAGGGCCUGGUUCCCAAGUUCGACACUACCUUUGAGAACGCGCGGCCAUCAAAGACGCACAUGGCUCUCUCGGAGCUCCACAGAGUUGGCAUCCUGCACUUCCUGGUCAGCCAGAACAUAGAUGGGCUCCAUGUGCGGUCUGGCUUCCCCAGGGACAAGCUGGCAGAACUGCAUGGGAAUAUGUUCGUGGAGGAAUGCAUGAAAUGUGGCAAGCAAUAUGUGAGGGACACCGUUGUGGGCACCAUGGGGCUCAAGCCCACCGGCCGGCUCUGCGAUGCCUCCAAGCGCAGAGGGCUCCGAUCCUGCAGAGGCAAGCUAAUGGACACCAUCUUAGACUGGGAAGAUUCCCUGCCGGACCGUGACCUCCAUCUGGCCACCGAAGCCAGCAGGAGGGCUUCCUUAUCCAUCACCCUGGGGACCUCGCUGCAAAUCAAGCCGAGCGGGGACCUUCCCCUGCUGACCAAGAAGAAGGGCGGGAAGCUGGUGAUCGUGAACCUGCAGCCGACGAAGCACGACAAGCACGCGGACCUGCGCAUUCACGGUUACGUGGACGACGUCAUGACAAAGCUCAUGAAGCAUCUCGGGCUGGAGAUCCCCGAGUGGGCCGGGCCGCUGGUGGUGGAGAGCGCUGAGCAGCCAGAGGCCAAGCCAUUUGCCAAGACUGGCACGGACUUGCAGUUCCUGGACAAGGAGGAGCCGCCUCCUCACUGGAAGGGCGCCCGGGAGGUCCUGGGGCACAGGGCCGCUCUGAAAGAGGAAUCCUGCGUGCUGGAUGGCUGCUCUGCCCCAGCCAAGCGGCCAAAGCUGGAGCCGUUGCUGACUUGAUUGAUCUGUGUGGGCGUUGCCCGGUAUCCCUCAGAAAACCUUUUUGGCCUUGGCGUUUAUACCUGACUUUUUAAAGACUCGUCUUCC